UUUUGUCACUCUCCAUUCCUCGACCACCUCGUGCUGUCUGGUGCAGCAUGUGUUACUAGCGUGCCCACCGCGUAUCACCACUUUUGGCUUACACUGCCCCUCCUCCACGGCCCCCUCGCCAUCAUCGCCGCCGCCGUCGCCGUCGCCGUCGUCACCCCCCCCGGCUAUCCCGCGUUCAUCGCCGCCGGCCCACUUGGCCCGUCGACCAUUGUCUGGUGCAUCGCCUUGACGCACACACACUCUCGCCUUCUCUACUUCGUCGCUUACAAAAAACAACUCGCCUUCCUCCAUCCUGCUACUGCAUCGCACUCUCUUGCCACUGCACUCUACAUCCCCCGGCCAUGUCGUCCUCGGCACCACCUAACGGCAGAAGCGGCCAUGCCCCAGCACUAGCCGCGGCCUCCUCCCCCUCGGCAUCAGCAGCGGCGGCUACCACCACCUCCUCCGCCGCCGCCGCUGCUGCUGCCGCUCCGCCCCCGACAUACGCACCGACCCAGCCCCAGAUCCUCGUCGUGCCCCUCCCCGACGCCUCGAGCUUCUUCUGGGGCCGCACGAUCCAGGGCGAGGUCUUCAUCAAGGGGCUCGGCGAGCGCCGCACGCGGACUGUCCAGUCUUUGUCCGUGUCCGCGCGCUUGACGGACCGGCUGCCCGGCCACCCGGUCGACGACUUGCUCGACAUUGCCCCGCAGACGCUGUACCCCGUUGCCGAGCCGCAGGCGAGCACAUCAGCAUCGACAGAAACGGCCUUCCCCACCUCGCUGCGCUUCGCACUCCCGCUCCCGCCCGCACUCGCGGACGGCUCGCCCCUCCCGGCCACGCUGAACCUCGGCGCUGGGGGAGAAGUGCGCUGGGAGGUGCAGGUGCGCCUCGCGCUGCUCUCCGGCGAGGUGAUCACCGAGCGCGUCACGGUCGAGGGCACCCCACCAGACGUGUGCACCGACCAGACAGAAGAAGAGCCGCUCGAGGCCGAGUCGGUGCUCGAGCGCGACGGAGUGCGCGUGCGCCUCGUGCUUGCGUGCUCGCGCCCGCGUCUCGGCGCGCCGGUGCGCGUCGGUGUCGAGGUCAGGCCGAAGGGAAGGAGCGAGAAGCGCACGGGCGUCGCUGGGCUCGCGGCCCAGCCUAGUGCCGCCGAGACACUCCGCCCGCUUAGGCGGAUGCGGCUGGAGCUGAUCCGCUCGGUGGAUAUCAUUCCUGGCCCAGAGGACUCGGCUGCGGGUACGACCCACUCGCCGUCGAAAACGCACAUCCACACCACGGUCCUGCAUGCUUCGGGAAAGUCACUACGGUAUCCCGGUGCGACGGCACCUCCGCUCCGGCUCCUGUUUACGCUGCCUACGGCGCAGCUCCACCCUGGGGCGAUUGCGACGGGCGGCGAGACGACGGCGCGCACGCCAUACCACUCUGUCCGGUUCAAGGUCCGCGCGACGCUCGGGUUCGGCGUGCACGAGCAGCAGCCUGGCCCUUCGCGGGCGCAGGACGAGCGGGGCGACUGGGCGGUCGAGCAGGAGAUUACGAUUCGGCCACCAACGUGGCAAGAGCCCCGUGCUGUUGUCAUUGAACGCGGGCUGCAGCCCGAACUUGGCACCGGCGACGCGGCGCAGCUCGAGCUCGUCGACGAGGACGAGCGCGAGGCGUACCGCCGUAAAGGCCGCGAUGUGGUCGGCGAGGGCGGCACGACGCGCGUCGACGGAGGACCGAGCGCCAGCGGCGCCGUGGACGAGCCGCCGUCGUUUGGCGAGGCUACCGAGGCGCCGGGACCGUCCGGCACGCAGUCGCAUGCCGGCGACGACGACAACGCGCUCCCGAGCUUUACAGAGAGUGAGGCGCAGAUGCGCUCUGGUGCUGUGCCACUGCUCAAUCAAGCCGUGCCGAGUGAGCGACUGGUACCGGUCAGCUUUACGCCCGAUGACGGAAUCGCCGACGUGCGAGCCGCGCAGCGGCGCUCGUCGUUCUCUGGCGAGCUGGGCACUUGGAUCGAGUACGACGGCUACGAGACGUUCUCUGUCCCACCACCGCCGCCCGCCGCGUCCUACGGGCUGGUAGGCAGCAUGGACCCGCCUAGAGAAGGCGACGACGAGGCGCACGUGGUGGGCGACAUGGCUGCGCGCCUCGGCAUCGAGGCGGGCCAUGCGCCGGCGCACCCCGCCGAGCUGCUCGAGCAGCUUGGACUCAACACGCGAGUGGUCGACAUGCAGGACGACAUGCCGCCAGGCAUCGACGAGCCUAGCCUGCCCGCGCUGCCAGGCUUUGGCGGCCCAACGCCCCCUGUGCGUGCCUUUGCUGCCGCGCCGUUCGUCGCGCCCGCGUUCCGCUCGCCGUUUGCCAACGUGCGCGAUAACGACUCGGAGGCGGAGGGUGACCAUCCCCCGAGCUUUGCAGCAUCCGAGGCGGCCGAGGCAGCCGGCGGCGUCGCCCACUCGCGCGUGGUUUCGAGAUCAGGCAGCCUCGCCGUGCCGUCUGACGCGCCCCCACCGGGAUAUUUUGGUGGUGUGGCUGCUGGCUCUCCGCACGGCGGGCCACCCGCGUACAGCUAGUGAUUUGUAGAGUAUGUGUCUAUAGCUUGACUGUAUGCUAGAGAGUUGGGCG